AUGGUCUUGCGUGUUGAUUCCAUGAAGAACGGAUUUUUAGUUGUGCCGUUCGCACUGAACGAAUCUGAAAAAUUGAAGGAAUGCUUGAAGGAGGCCGCAAACAUCGAAGACUCGGCGUUGGCGCACUACAUGUUCAUGAAAAAGCAUCAGACGAAAAACGAAAAUGAGCAAAACUGCAUAUUCGUUGUUAACUUACCUCUGCUCACCAAUCUGGAAAAUUUGAAAAAAGGCAUCAGCCAAAUACUGAGACAAUAUGGUGCUGUAGCACACGUAUCGCAGCUUUUGCAUAAUGACGAGUUUGGUCUCCAUGACGUCGACCUCUCAUCACUAACUUCCAGUCUAAUGUCCACCGGAGACGCUGAAGAAAAACGUUACACGCCAAGGAACACAGCCCUUUUACAGUUCAUUGAUUCUGCAAGUCUUGAAAAUGCAUGGAGCGCAUUGCGCAAAUACUCACAGGAACGGGAGGACUCCAAACUAGUCAGUUGGGCUUUCGAGUCGCCUUCUUUAGAGACCUUCACCAAUUUUUACAAGCCAAUAGAUACGGAAUAUCUGAAAGAAGACGUUUAUUCGCACAUGGCAUUAUUUGAGCAGAGGGAACAGCAAGCUCAAGAAGAAGCGCAGUCAUCCAUUGUCGACGAGGAUGGUUUCACGCUGGUAGUAGGCAAGAACACCAAAUCUCUGAAUUCUAUUCGCAAAAAAAUCUUCAAUAAGAAUCCGUUGCUGAAGCAUGAAAAGAUUGUCAAGCCUCCAUCAAUGGUGGACAAGAAGACAAAGCAAGAUUUUUACCGAUUCCAAAUCAGAGAACGUAAAAAGCAGGAAAUUAGCGAACUGUUGAAGAAGUUUAAGCAAGACCAAGAGAAAGUCAAGGAAAUGAAGAGCAGGCGGAGAUUCAACCCAUACUCUUAA